UUCAUUGUGGUGAGUCUUCCUCUGCUUCUACCACUUCCACCCAUAACAGAACAUCGCCAUUCGCAAUGGCAAUGACUCCAGACUUCUCCCGUCCUACAACCCCAGAGAACAACACCAAUGGCAUCACAUCACCCAGAACCCCCAAACAAACCGGCCUCGCCUUGACUGAAUACACCGCCAACCCCAGCCCUCCAUCCGAAACCUCCUCCAGAGCUGUUCAAGCUAUCCCGUCUGCCUUUCUUCUUCCCAAUGGAUAUCCAGACUACUUACGCCUCAUCCUUACCUCCAAAGUCUACGAAAUCUUGAAAGAAACCCCCCUCACACACGCCAUCAACCUCAGCAACAGGCUGGAAUGCAAUGUUCUCCUCAAACGCGAAGAUCUCCAGCCUGUCUUCAGCUUCAAGCUGCGUGGGGCCUACAACAAAAUGGCUCACCUUGACAAGAAGGACCGUUGGAAGGGCGUCAUUGCGUGCAGCGCUGGAAAUCAUGCCCAAGGUGUAGCCUAUUCAGCUCGCCAUCUCCGCAUUCCCGCUACCAUCGUCAUGCCCUCGGGCACCCCCGAUAUCAAACACAAAAAUGUUUCCCGCCUGGGCGGAGCAGUCACUCUUCAUGGGGCCGACUUCGACGCCGCCAAAGCUGAAGCCGCACGUCUCGAAGCGCUCCACGGUCUCAUCUCGAUCCCUCCCUUCGACGACCCCUAUGUCAUUGCUGGCCAGGGGACAAUUGGUAUGGAGCUGCUUCGACAGACUAACCUGCAAGACCUCGAGGCUGUCUUCUGCUGCGUGGGUGGUGGAGGUCUCAUUGCCGGUACUGGUGUGUAUAUCAAGCGUAUUGCUCCGCACGUCCGCAUCAUCGGUGUAGAAACCUACGAUGCAAACGCUAUGGUGGAAUCGCUCAAGCAGGGCAAGCGCGUCCUCCUCAAGGACGUGGGCCUCUUCGCCGAUGGAGCAGCCGUCAAAACGGUCGGUGAGGAAACCUUCCGCAUCUGCCAGGAAGUCGUCGACGAAGUUGUCCAAGUGACAACCGAUGAAACCUGCGCUGCUAUCAAAGACAUGUUCGAGGACACGCGCUCUAUCGUCGAGCCCGCAGGCGCUCUGGCUCUCGCUGGUCUCAAAAAAUGGGUGCAACGUAACCCAUCUCCAAACGCCAACCGCGGUCUCGUUGCCAUCGCUAGUGGUGCAAACAUGAAUUUCGACCGCCUUCGUUUUGUCGCGGAGCGCGCUGCUCUGGGAGAGAACAAGGAAGCCCUUUUGUCGGUCACCAUUCCCGAGAGACCUGGCGCCUUUGCGAAGCUCGUAUCGACCAUUCACCCCAUGGGUGUGACUGAAUUCAGCUAUCGCUACAGUAGCGCAAGCGCCGCAAACAUCCUCGUCGGUGUGGAACUCAAAGCCGCGACCCGCUCUACCGAUCUUCCCGAUCUCAUUGCCCGUCUCGCCACCGAAGGCAUGAUAGCUACGGAUCUCUCUGACGAUGAGCUCACCAAAUCACAUAUCCGCUACUUGGUCGGAGGGCGUAGCGAUGCCGCUGACGAGCACAUGUACAUGUUUGAGUUCCCUGAGCGAGGCGGUGCGUUGUAUAAGUUCCUACACACCCUGCAGCCAGGCAUGAACAUCUCGUUAUUCCACUACCGAAAUCACGGGGGCGACGUCGCGAAGAUUCUAGCCGGGAUCCAGUGUCCGGUUGGAGACGAGGCGAAGCUGACCGAGUUCCUGAAAACCAUUGGCUAUCCUUGGAAGGAAGUUACUGGCAACGAAAGCUUCAAGAUGUUCAUGAGGAAUUGA